CCGCGGGCUGCGGCAGCGGCCGCGCGCCGCCUGUACUGGUGGUCCCGCCGCGGGGCUCCGCGGCGCUGCUGGCGCCGGCGGCCCGGCCGCUGGCCGCGGCGACGCGGCCGUCGGCAGCCCAGGAGGGCGGCCUCGCAGGCACCCUCGGCGUGCCCAGGGAGGCGUCCUGGCCGGUGCCUUCGGCGACUCCGCCGGCACCGCUGCCGCCGCCCCCGUGCCCGGCCUCCGCCGCUGAGGCUGCCGCCCCCGCGCCCGCCAGCGCCGCACGGCCCUGCGCCGCGCUGCUGCGCAGCCCGCGGCUGCUUGCCGCGGUGUGCGGCGCGGAGCUGGCCGCCGCCACUGGCGUGCGCGGCGAGGUGCUGCAGUGGCCCGCGCUCGAGGCCCUCAGCGCGCGCCUGUGCGGCCGCCUGUGCCUGCGCCCGUUCCCGGAGGGCAGGCUGCGCGCGGCCCUGGCCGCCUGCGGCCGGGGCUCUGGGGAGCUGGCCGCGUCCGAGUUCCCGCGCUUCUUCGAGCUGUGCCUGCUGGCCUCGGACAUCGCCGAGGGCCACGGGCAGCCACAGCUGGCGCAGCGGGCCCUCGAGGACGACAGCCGCUCGGUCUCCUCGGCCACCACGGCCCCGCCGAAGGCUGCCCUCGCAGAGGCCCGCUCAGCCACGGCAGAGCCGCCGGGGCAGGACGCAUCCGAGGCGGCGGGCACAUGCCUGAAGGUGGCGGACGACGGGAAGGACCGCCUGAGGUUUCUGCUCCUCCACCAGGCGCGCCCGCUGAAAGGUGGGCCUCGCUCCCAGGCGGCGCCCCAGCGCCCGGUGCCCCUGCGGACCUCACGGCGGCUGAUGGCGUGGCUCGCUGCGGCGAUCUGCUCGUUUGCGGGCCGCCCCGCGAUCUGGCCGGCUCGGUGGGGGGGCAGGGCGGGGGCCUCCACCCCCGCACGCCCUGGCAGCUGAUCCGCCCACCCGAGCGCAGGAGGCACCGGCAGCUCGAGUUUGAGACUGAGUUGUUGGGCCGGGUUUCGGCUUGCAUCGCCUGUCUUCGAGGAGCAAAACAUGGACCACAUCCAGCAACACCCGAGUCCUCCUCACGACCGCCACCCCUUAGGUAUCCAGCUGCGCUGCCGCGGAUGUCUGCCACCUCGCUUGGGGAAACUGCGCUGCAAUGCCAUAAACGUGGCGCAGCCAUGGCUUUAGAUGGCCGCCGCGGUGCCUGUUGUGGGGGCCACUUCGCGGGCGUCUUGGGUGCCGUUUUGGGGUGUUCCAGGGCCCUCUUGGGGGGUCUUGGGGCCUGGGGGCCUUGGGCUCGUCUUGAAGUUGUCGUUGGGCCGUCGGCCGUCUAGGGGGCUUCGGGCCUCUGGGGUCCAUCCUUGGCCGUCGGGAAUCUGUCCCACGAUGGCGCCACACGUCGUCGCGCUGUAAGCGCGGCGGCGGUGGCGGAUCCUUGAAUCCCGUGUCGGCCAACCUGCUCGUGCAUCGGGGCCGAGUGCGCCGACGGGAAAUGUAGGCCUCUGAAGAUUGCAGGCAGCCCGGUUGCAGCCUGCUUCUGAGAUCAGUGAUCGAGUCUCGCGGCUGUGUGCUAAUUUUAUAGUGUGGUAAUUCGUUGGCUGUUGCCGUACAGUGGAUAAUGAUAAUCAUGACGAAUUCACAGCAGCAGUGCCAUCGCUGAUUUUCCAGCGCCCUGCAAGGCACGCUUCUUGCACUGCUGCGGUAGUCGGUCUCGCGCUUGCCCGGCGGUCGUCCUCGCGCUGCCCCUCGCGGCAUGCUGUACCUUAGUCCAGCCAGCCAGGCGCUGGCGGAAUCUUGAUGCAUAGUGGGCCAGUCGGUUGCGUGCGACAAAAGACACAUCCUAAAUGCGAUGGCCCGUCACGUCCUCGGCUGCACCUGCUCCAGAAGGCAGCAAGCCGUGCGCCACCACGGCAUGUUGUCCUGGAGGGGCUCCUGGUGAAGCCCGACCAGUGCACAGGAGAAGGAGGAGGAGAAGCAGGAGGAGGAUGAGGGGCCAGAGUUGACCCAGGAUGCAUCAGCGAUGUUGCAGUACGCCC